UACAUCUUUUUCGUUUUAUCGUAAAUUAUUAUACUAAUUUUUAAUUCCUUAUCUAAAAUGAAACUAUUUUUAUUACAUUAUUUAAUUUACGGUUCCAAAAGAACAAUGUGGUAGAAAUGGCAGACUAUUAUAGAAAUCUAGCUAAAACUAUAAAUAAUUGAAGGCGUGUGUAGUUGUGAAUGAAAAUGGAAAAUUCAAAUUAAAUACUAUAUAAUUAAGCUAAAAAUUUACCAAAGAUGAAUCUCAAUAAAUUAAUAUAGUCUCACAAAUGAAACCUCAUUAAAAAUGUGUUUUUAUUGAAGAACAUUGAAGAAAAAUGGAAGCGGGCUCUGAAGAAAUUCUUAUCCUAGAACCAUUCUAUGGUGGUUCCCAUAAAAAGCUCAUUGAUGUUCUUACUUCAAACUUGCCAAAGCAUAAAUAUACAUUGAUAACAAUGACUGCUAAGAAAUGGCACUGGAGAGCACGAACCUCGGCCCUCUACAUGUCUACUCAAAUAUCAAACCACCACAGAUACAAAAUACUCCUGUGUACAUCUGUGUUACCUCUAGCAGAACUGUUGGGUCUACGGCCCGACUUGAGUCACUUAAAUAAAAUUGUAUAUUUCCAUGAAAACCAGUUAGAUUUUCCUGUUCGAGUGGUAAAAGAUAGAGAUUUUCAAUAUGGUUUCAAUGAAAUUUUGACAUGUUUGACAGCUGAUAAAGUACUUUUUAACUCUUACUACAACAGAGAUUCAUUUCUGUCACAUAUAAAAAGCCACAUAAAAUUACAACCAGAUUAUAAAGUCAAGAAUUUAGAGCAAAUCAUAGCAGAAAAAUGUAAGGUGGUGUACUAUCCUAUAGAUUUAUCUCUAAUAGAUACAUUUUUAUGCCAAGUUGAUAAAGCUGAGUCAGAUAUUCUACAUAUAGUUUGGCCACACAGAUGGGAGUUUGAUAAAAAUCCUGAUGCUUUUUAUGCUGUUCUAAAAAGGUUGGAUAACAACGGCUAUCAUUUCAAGGUUAGCAUACUUGGUGAGUCAUUUAAUGAAAAGCCCAGUGUUUUUCAAGAACUAUAUAGAAGCUUGAAGGAAUCAUUAUUGCACUGUGGAUAUGUCGAAGCUCUAGGGGAGUAUUAUAGAAUCCUCAAAAAUGCUGAUGUGGUAGUUUCAACUGCAAUACAUGAGUUUUUUGGUGUUUCUGUAUUGGAAGCAGUUUAUUGCGGCUGUAUACCGGUGGUGCCGAAGCGCUUGUCAUACAAAGAGUUAUAUCUAGAGCAAGUCGACGAAGUCUAUGAAACAGAGAGUGAACUAUAUGACAUACUGGCUGAUCUAUGCACAAAGAAGAAAAAUGACAUGUCGCGUAGACUCGUAAAGAGGUAUUUGACCGAAGCUGACGUAUACCAGUGCCCUCUGUCAGAGGAAACACAGAAAAUUGCCCAGGAACAGCUCAGAGAGACGGAGAACUCCAGAUCACAAGCCCUCACCGCACUAAGAAGCUGGUUGGAACAGAACCCUAAGUUUAUGUCUAUCAGAUUGGAUGCAAGCUUUCUUCUACGAUUUCUGCGUACCAAGAAGUACAGCGUGCCGAUGGCCCAGGAGGCAAUCGAAAGAUACAUCCUGCUGCGCCAGUCCUGGGGUAUCGCCUUCAACCAGCUCGACUACAAGCUACCCGUGAUGAUGGAACUGAUCGACCUUGGGUACAUUUUUGUGAGUCCGUUCAAAGACAAAGGCGGACGGCGAGUUAUCAUAUACAGGCCCGGUGUCUUCGACCCGUACAAGUAUACCAAUCAGGACAUGUGCCGCGUUAUGGGUAUCUGCUUCGAAACCCUGAUGGAAGACGAGGAAAACCAAGUGAGGGGGCUGGUGCACUUCGCGGAUGGAAGUGGAGUCAGCUUCCCACAUCUUACACUGUUCACACCUAAAGAGGCUGUGAGAAUUGUAAAGAAUGGCGAGAGAACCAUUCCAAUGAGACACAAGGAGAUAUACGGCGUCAAUGUCCACCCAACCAUUAAGUUCGCGCUAGAUUUUGGUAUGGCCCUCAUCUCUGACAAGAUUAAGAAGCGAGUGAAGCUGUACAGCUCCCCGGAGGAGGUAGAGAUUGAGAAAAGAUUGCUGCCCAAAGAGUACGGUGGUGUCAUGCCUAUGAGGGAGAUGAUAGAUUUGUGGAAGGUAGAACUUGAGAAGAAUCGCGAUAUCCUGCUGUUAAAUGACAAAAUGGCUGUCCGCCUGGAAAUGUACACUGAAGCAGCUCGAGAGGGCGCCGUGUCUGCUCUGAGAUCCGGCGCCAACACAUGCGCAGGCGCAGACGCCGUGGGGGAUGCGAUGAGAGGCCUGACGGGGAAUUUCAGGAAAUUGGAAGUAGACUAAAUUUGACUGAUUAUUAUUAUAACUAUUAAGUUAUAGUGGAAUAAGGUAGUGUAAGCUUCUGUGAGACAGGGUACAGCGGGAUUAUCUCGCCGACUGGAGACGGUCAAUUGACUUUUGAAGACGACAAUUGAAGUUUUUAGGGUAAAGGUUUAGUGUUGAGAAAUAUAUUUUUAUAGCCUAUGUAAUAAAGAUGACAGGUCUUGAUGCAGAUCCAUAGGCUAUGGUAAAUUCUGAGGUACCCAAUAAAGCCACCCAGUCCGUCAGUCAUGAGCAGUGUUGCUAGAUUUAAUCUAAUAAUGUUCCUACAUCUUGGAUAUUUCUUCGUAUCCGCUAGUUUUCUUUCCUGAUCUAAUGAUCUUUGUUAUAUUUUUCCGGAACACUUUUCUAUACCUGGCAGCACUGUUUACUACUGAUGCCUGAAAGAUUUACCUGUAGUAUUAAAUCUUCUUGUGUUAUAUUUAGUAUGUAAAAUCCAUGACACCGCACUUGUA